AUGGGUACCCCCAGUUACCCAGACAAGGUGGAGCUUGGGUUUACCUUUCAGGGUCCCCGGAUUGCGGGUUGGAUUUCCCCCCUUCGAAAUGGGAAGCCCCCCCCGACCUUUGAUGUGAUGCAAAUCACCUCCACAUCGUAUGAACUGAAAGCCUGCUUCACCCUCACGCCCCCUCCCACCACGGAGCCCAAAAGGGGGAAGCUGAGUGCUAAAACCAAAUGUCUAACAGAAGGGGGGGUUGAUGGAUAUACGCCCAAUUACCCCCCAGGGAGCCCCGUUGACCUGACCGGGCCCCGGAUCAGGCCCCCUGUCUUGCCGAAUAGAGGACCAAAGAGGCGUGUUGUAGCCCCAGGGCGUUUUCUGCACGGGACGCUCAAAUCCGGGGCUCCCUCCUCCCAGCUCCCAAAAAGGGGCCCGCACGGGAAACACGUGGUGAGUGAAGGGGGGUCCCCCGUACCUGUUCCGAAGUCCCUUGUCCCCCUGAAAACACCAAAACCCCAGACUGUUUCCAUCAAUGUGGGUUCUGUGGUGACCAAAAUGCGACGGCCCUUUCCCCGCUCGGUAAUCAGGUCCAGGGUUUGGCUCCGACUACCGCCUAUCAAACCCCGGGAGUCAUCACCUGACUCGAGAGUGGAACAGAGUUUUUCCUACGCCAUGUCCCUCUCCGACCAAGUAUAUCAGACAUGGGCCCAACCUCUGCCUGAACUCCUGCUCCCUCAGACCUUAUUAAAAAAAACCCCCAGUACAAAAAAUAGAAACUCCUCAAGGAACCAUCCUGCAGAGAGCCCCCCUUCCCCCGAAACGCACUACGCUUUUUUUCACACUUCGCGCCUGACACCCCCAUCCGACUACCGUACAAGUUUCAGCUGUAGCCCCUCCCCCCUCAACCCUUUGGAAGCCCCCCGACACAGGUUUCCGAAAUCACAACUGCCGUUCGACAAAAUUUCACCCGCGAACCUUCACCAGUCCCAGACCCGCCUCGAAAUCCUCUCACCCCGGUUCAACCGCGAUGUGGACGAGACUACCGCCCCCCUCCGUCAACCCACAGCCCCGCCGUUCCCCGACUCCCGUGCCCUUCAGAUUGUGCGCGAGUUUCCAGCGCUGACAAACCCAUCAAAAUGGCAAAAAACACCACCACCACCCCAAGACCCACGUCAGCUGGACCCCCGGUCCCCUUUUCCCCCUGAGGUACUCCCCACCAGAUCACUUCCCAUCGAAAGGCAAAUUCGGCACAUGCGGAGGUCGAUCUACCCCUUCCAGCAGCCAUGGAGCGUACCCCAAAUCCCCAUCGCCGAGGGGGACAUCCCCCCCCAAAACACUGUGGGCCACGCCCUUCGGCCUGUAGAAAUUUCCCGCGAAAAGCCGUUUUGGACUCCGCAACCCGCCCAGCCUUCCGCGCUUUAUGGACGAGCACCCGUCACACGUUUUCCGUUUACGGGGAUUACCCCAGCUCAGGGGAAAAGGGCAGCAGCAUCAGGGAGUUUCCCCAAGCCAACAAUGAAGAGACAGCAGGGGGCAAGGCUCAAUUACCGUGACCCCCGGACACCGCCCCUGGGAGCUUUUUUUCAACAAGAUUCAGGGGUUCCUUGUACCAGAUGGGCCCUUCGAGCAUGUACACCUCGACUAGUCGGGGCCCCCUACCCGCAGCCAGGGUUUAAACUACGUCCUGACAAUGAUUACCGGGUUUUUUCCCUUUGGGCCGAGGCCAUGCCUAUCCAGGACCCAUGCCGCCCCAUUGCCAAACCUUUACGCACCUGGGUAUCUCGUACGGGACUUUCCCGCAGGGCCCCCAAACCGCCCCAAGGUCCCCCCAGUUUUGGGUCUUCGGUGCACCGCAGCAGAGUGGUCUACGGGAAACCCCAAGCUCUCCCUCGACUUUCUAGUCAGCUCCGGAGACAGGACCCGGGGGGCAUUCGGAAGGGACUUCGCGACCCCUUGGGGGGCCCCCCUCCGUCCUACGAGACCAUCCGGAAAAGAGAAUUACUUGCCCCCCCGACCUCCAAACUGCUCCAAUGUCUUCAUAAGACGACCCACCAAGCCUCCCCUCUGCCCACCCCUUUAGGACCCCUUCCGUUUUUCAACGGGAAGUUAAACCAUCCCCUCCGGGGGUCACGAGGGGGACGACACCGUCCAUCGACCCUGCGAAGCCUGCGAUCCCAGGACAAUGCACGAUUUCAAGGGGGGUCCUCAAAGAGCCGUUUUCAAUUUCUCCAUGGCCCCACCCUGGAAAAGCAUGGCAAGGGGAUGAACAGCCCCCAUCCUUGUCCACAUUUGGGUGAACUGCUUCCAAGCCAAGCUUAA